UGGCUUGUUGCGUACCAAGACAAGAAAGGAGCAAAUUUAGUAAAAGAAAAUGUCAGAAUAUAUAAUCAUCGCAUAGGAAACUUCAGCAGCUAUAAAACCUCAGCUAGCUAGCUACUGAAUAAUUUGGUAAUCUACAUAUCAAAGAAAAGGAUCGAUUGCCAAGGCACAUAGGAAAAGAUGGAAAACGGGCACGGAAGAUCUGCCAACUCUUCGUUCAAUCCAAGUGACACAGCCGGGAAGGUCAUCUCCUGCAGGGCUGCUGUUGUACAUGGUCCGGGAGAGCCUUUUGUGGUGGAAGAUGUACGAGUAGAUCCCCCUCAAAAGAUGGAGGUCCGGAUCAAGAUCCUCUUCACUUCCAUCUGUCACACUGAUCUCAGCGCUUGGCAAGGCGAGAAUGAAGCUCAGCGAGCAUACCCUCGAAUUUUCGGCCACGAAGCUUCCGGGAUUGUUGAGAGCGUGGGUGAAGGUGUGACGGACAUGAAAGAAGGGGACCACGUUGUUCCAAUCUUCAACGGAGAGUGUGGAGACUGCAUAUACUGCAAGUGUGAGAAAACUAAUAUGUGCGAGAGAUCUGGGGUGAACCCGUUCAAGACGGUGAUGGUCAACGACGGUAAGAGUAGGUUCUCGAGUAAAGAAGGGAAGCCCAUAUUCCACUUUCUCAACACCUCCACUUUCAGCGAGUACACAGUCCUUGAAUCCGCCUGCGUCGUCAAGAUCGACUCUCACGUUCCCCUCAAGAAGAUGACAUUGCUGAGCUGCGGCGUUUCUACCGGAGUUGGAGCUGCAUGGAAUAGUGCCGAUGUCAAAGCAGGGUCAACUGUCGCAAUUUUUGGUUUGGGUGCCGUGGGACUCGCCGUUGCUGAGGGGGCACGGGCCCGAGGAGCAUCAAGAAUAAUUGGCGUUGAUAUCAACCCGAACAAAUUCAUAAAAGGCCAAGCAAUGGGAAUCACAGACACUAUAAAUCCAAGUGAUAUCAAGAAGCCGGUGCAUGAGAGGAUUAGAGAAAUGACAGGAGGCGGCGUGGACUAUAGCUUUGAGUGCGCAGGCAACUUGGAAGUUCUACGGGAGGCCUUCUUGUCGACACAUGAGGGAUGGGGAUUGUGUGUAAUAUUGGGGAUUCAUCAAACCCCAAGACUUCUUCCUCUCCAUCCAAUGGAGUUGUUCAAUGGUCGCAUGAUAAUCGCUUCAGUCUUCGGAGGCUUCAAAGGGAAGUCCCAACUGCCUCAUUUUGCCAAAGAAUGCAUCAAGGGGGUGGUGAAUUUAGAUGAGUUUAUUACCCACGAGCUUCCAUUUGAGAAGAUAAACGAAGCAUUUCAGCUGCUCGUGGAAGGGAAGUCAUUGAGAUGCCUACUACACCUUUAAGCCUUUUUCUUACAGGCUGACAUACAUGAAGGGGCAAUAAGCUCUAUCAACGAGCAGGCUACAUGCAUGCCGGGGGGAAUUUACAGGCGUGCCUAGACCUUAUUAUAAAUCUCAUAUGAAUGUAUUCUUUUGCAGUACUUCAUUACCGUAUUUUGGAUUAAUAGCACAAAGAUUAAUAUCUA